AUGCACGACUCCAACACCAUCAUUACGCUUGUCGAUGACACGACGUUGGUAGACCUUAUCACAGAUGACAAUGAAACAGCCAAUGGGGAGGAGGUCAGAGUCCUGGUAGUGUGGUGCCAAGACAACAACCUCUCCAUCAACUUGGUCCAUAGCCACCCCAACACGCCCCGGUACCCACACCCCAACACGCCCCGGUACCCACACCCCAACACGCCCCGGUACCCACACCCCAACACGCCCCAACACACCCCAACACGCCCCGGUACCCACACCCCAACACGCCCCGGUACCCACACCCCAACACGCCCCAACACGCCCCGGUACCCACACCCCAACACGCCCCCCACACCCCAACACGCCCCGGUACCCACACCCCAACACGCCCCAACACGCCCCCAACACGCCCCCAACACACACCCCAACACGCCCCGGUACCCACACCCCACGCCUGCACACGCCCCACGGUACCCACACCCCAACACGCCCCAACACGCCCGGCCCUGGUACCCACACCCCAACACGCACGCCUGCACCGGUACCCACACCCCAACACGCCCACGCCUGUACCCACACCCCAACACGCCCGCCCGUACCCACACCCCAACACGCCCCCCACACCCCAACACGCCCGUACCCACACCCCAACACGCCCCGGUACCCACACCCCACCCCCAACACGCCCCGGUACCCCACACCCCACCCACACCCCAACACGCCCGGUACCCACACCCCAACACGCCCGGGCCCGGUACCCACACCCCCAACACGCCCCAACACGCCCCAACACGCCCCACCCCAACACGCCCGGUACGCCCCAACACGCCCCCGGUACCCACACCCCAACACGCCCGGUACCCACACCCCAACACGCCCCCCAACACGCCCGGUAACCACACCCCAACACGCCCGGUACCCACACCCCCAACACACCCUAACACGCCCCUAACACGCCCCAACACGGUACCCACACCCCAACACGCCCGGUACCCACACCCCAACACGCCCCCGGUACCCACACCCCAACACGCCCGGUACCCACACCAACACCCCAACACGCCCCCAACACACCCCAACACGCCCCCCAACACGCCCGGUACCCACACCCCAACACGCCCACACCCCAACACGCCUGGUACCCACACCCCAACACGCCCGGUACCCACACCCCAACACGCCCGGUACCCACACCCCAACACACCCGGGUACCCACACCCCAACACGCCCCAACACGCCCCAACACGCCCCAACACGCCCCAACACGCCCCAACACACGCCCCGGCCCGGUACCCCCCACACCCCAACACGCCCCGGCCUAACCGCCCGGUACACCCCAACACGCCCCAACACGCCCCGGUACCCACACCGCCAACACGCCCCGGUACCCACACCCCAACACGCCCCACGGUACCCACCCCAACCCCAACACGCCCGCCCGUACCCACACCCCAACACACCCCAACACGCCCAACACGGUACCCACACCCCAACACGCCCGGUACCCACACCCCAACACGCCCGGCCCGGUACCCACACCCCAACACACCCCAACACGCCCGCCCGUACCCACACCCCAACACGCCCGGUACCCACACCCCAACACCCCAACACGCCCGGUACCCACACCCCAACACGCCCGGUACCCACACCCCAACACGCCCGGUACCCACACCCCAACACGCCCGGUACCCACACCCCAACACGCCCGGUACCCACAACCCCAACACGCCCCAACGCCCCGGUACUCCACACCCCAACACGCCCACCCACACCCCAACACGCCCGGUACCCACGCCCCAACCACACCCCAACACGCCCGGUACCCCACCCCCAACACGCCCGGUACCCACACCCCAACACGCCCGGUACCCCCCACACACCCAACACGCCCACGCCCAACACGUACCCACACCCCAACACGCCCGCCCCCGGUACCCACACCCCAACACGCCCGGCCUGCCCACACCCCAACACGCCCGGUACCCACACCCCAACACGCCCCGCCCCCCACACCCCAACACGCCCGGUACCCACACCCCAACACACCCCCAACACACGCCCCGGUACCCACACCCCAACACACCCCCAACACGCCCGUACCCACACCCCACGCCACACGCCUGGUACCCACACCCCAACACGCCCGGUACCCACACCCCAACACGCCCCACGCCCAACACGCCCCAACACGCCUACCCACACCCCAACACACACCCCAACACGCCCCGCCUAACACGCCUAACACCACACCCCAACACGCCCGGUACCCACACCCCAACACGCCCGGUACCCACACCCCAACACGCCCGGUACCCACACCCCAACACGCCCGGUACACCAACACCCCGGUACACACCCCAACACGCCUGCAACACCCCAACACGCCCGUGUGUGAGGGCGUUCCUGCCCGCAGUGUGUGAGGGCGUUCCUGCCCGCAGUAGAGGGAGACUGUACUACUGCCGCGUGGAGCUGCCAGAACUGUUCAACGACCUGACGCACACCGACCUGACGCACACCGACCUGACGCACACCGACCUGACGCACACCGACCUGACGCACACCGACCUGACGCACACCGACCUGACGCACAUGCACACCGACCUGACGCACAACGACCUGACGCACACCUGA